AUGAAUUGUCCAAAUGACAUCUUGAUUCAAUUCUCAUUUUAUUGCUUCUCAUUUGCUUAUUCACUUUUCAUUUGCUUUGCUUCUCAUUCCUUUGCACUCUCUUGCUUCGCCAAAUCGAGCACCUCUACCCCUCCAACCGUACCCCACAGACCUGGGCCGAGGUUCGCGACAAAUAUAACAUUACCCCAGACGCACCAAAACUCCGCAUUUUCAAUGGCUGCCCUCAUCAACGAUUCCCCAGCUGCUAUCAAGGAGCAUAUCCAACGCACGCUCCCCAUUGAGCCCAGCUUGCUUGCCAAUGGUGUAGCUCUUCCCAACUCGAGGAAACCAGGCUACCUGCACAUAUACAGGAACGCCUUUUCUGCCGAUGAACUCAAGACAGUGCCCCAUCCGGCAUUGACCACUCUUUACAAGUUCUUCGAGACCACGGUUGCUGCUACGCCCAACCUGAGGUGUUUGGGAAAAAGACCCAAGUUGGCAGAUGGGUCGUUUGGAAACUACGAAUGGCAGACGUAUGCCGAGGUGAGUAAGAGAAGAACCGAUUUCGGAUCAGGACUUUUCUUUGUUUUGCAAAACAAUCCCUACAAAGCCGUGCACUCCGACGACUUUGUGGUGGCGCUUCUCUCGCACAAUCGCCCGGAAUGGAGUAUUGCUGACAUGGCUUGUAUUGCUUACUCCAUCACCAACACUGCUCUCUACGAUAGUUUGGGUCCCGACACUUCUCGCUAUAUUUUGGGUCUUACCGAGAGCCCAGUGGUGGUGUGCUCCAAGGAUAAGAUCAGAGGGUUAAUCAAACUCAAGGCUGACUCUCCUCGCGAUUUGAGUAACUUGACAGUAUUGAUAUCCAUGGAUCCACUUGACUUGUCCAACCCAGCUUCUCCCGACCACGAGCUCGUGAAAUAUGGUCAAGAUAACAGAAUUGCUGUGUACGACUUUCUCCAGGUGGAAAAGUUUGGUCAAAUUGCUCCAAAGAAACAUAUUCCUCCUACUCCUGAAACCGUCUAUACCAUUUCUUUCACCUCGGGAACAACUGGUGCCCACCCCAAGGGAGUUAUCUUGACUCAUACCAGUGCUGUGAGUGCCGUCACUUUUUGCUUUUCCAAUAUCAGUCCCGUCAAAGACACAGUUACCUAUUCUUUCUUACCGCUUGCUCACAUUUACGAGAGAAUGAAUUUGUCUUUUGCCUUCGCUUUGGGUGCUGCAAUUGGUUAUCCUCAGAGUGCUUCACCUUUGACCCUUCUUGAUGACAUUCAGUUGUUGAAACCUCACUAUUUGGCGUUGGUUCCUCGUGUUUUCACCAAGUUGGAGCUGGCGCUUAAGGCACAAACCAUCAACAACGAAGAAAAGCCGUUGUUGCGUAACAUCUUCACAAAGGCUAUCGGCAAGAAAAUGGAGUUGCAGAGCAUCACCGACGGUGAUCCUGGUCACCAUAUUGUGUACGACAAAGUCACGGCCUUGCUUCGUAAGAAAAUUGGCUUUCUGAAUGUGAUCUCGUGUGCUACUGGUUCUGCUCCCAUUUCACCAGAAACUGUUCGUUUUAUCAAGGCUUCGUUGAACUGCGGUAUGUCUCAGGGUUAUGGUCUUACCGAGUCGUUUGCUGGUUUGGCAUCUUCAUCUAAGUAUGAGGCUAAUCCUGGCUCGUGUGGAUCCAUUGGUGUUUCUUGUGAAAUGAGACUUCGUGAUGUGCCAGAAAUGAACUAUACAGCUGACGAUGAAGGUGGUCCUCGUGGUGAAUUGUUGUUGCGUGGACCCCAAAUCUUCAAGGAAUAUUACAAAAACCCUACUGAAACCGCCAAGGCUUUUGAUCAAGAUGGGUGGUUUCUUACUGGAGAUGUUGCUAGAAUCGAUGCUUCCAACGGAAGAUUAUACAUUAUUGACAGAGUCAAGAAUUUCUUCAAGUUGGCUCAGGGUGAGUACAUCACUCCCGAGAAGAUUGAAAACACAUAUUUGUCAAGAUUUCCCUUGGCAAACCAGGCGUAUGUUCAUGGUGAUUCUUUGAAGACUUACUUGGUGGGUAUCGUUGGUGUUGAACCCGACAUUAUUCGGGGUUGGUUGAACUCACGUUUCAAGAUUGAACCUUCCAAGGUGGCUUCGAAGGAAGAUAUUGUUCAAACCAUGAACCGUGCUGAUAUCAAAAAGAGAUAUUUGACCGAGAUGAACAAGACAGUGGAAGGUGUGUUUCAAGGUUUUGAAAAAGUUCACAAUAUUUAUAUUGAUGUUGAGCCAUUGACCAUUGAGUCGAAUGUGAUUACUCCAACGUUGAAAAUCAAGAGAGCAAUUGCCUCCAAGUACUUUGCCAAUGUGUUUGCUACAUUGUACGAUGAGGGUUCGAUUAUUAAAGAGGAGUCUAAGUUAUAG